AGAGAGAGAGAGAGAGAGAGAGAGAGAGAGAGAGAGAGAGAGAGAGAGGCUGCCCUGAAGUGGAGCCACCAAGGGCAAAGCAGCUGGAGAAAAGAAGGGGUGGGUGUGGGGGGAGGCAGGAAAAGGAACCGCACAAGCGCUGCAAUGCUGCAAACUCCCUUCUCCGCCGUCCUGUUUCCUUUCCUCCUUUCCUUGUCAUGAUUGCAAAAGUCAGCGAAACUCAGGCGCUUUGCAAACGCCAGUCUUAAGUCGCGCUGGCUCUUUAAAAAAAAAUGCAAGCAAAGCGCAGCACAGAGCUCCUAGUAAGUAGCUGGGCGAGCCGCAAGUGGCUGAGGCAGGUCCAAUAGAGUCUUCAGCACCUCCCCUUUAAAAAGUAGGGGAAAAACCCUCGCCUUACAAACCCCGAGCUCUCCCGCCCCCCCUUUCGCGCGUUCCUUCUUCUUCGUCUUUUUUUUUUUAAAUUUUUUUGGCAUCUGACAGCAAUGUAUAUAAAGCCCUAACGAGCCCGAUGCCUUUUUGAAAAGCCAGGUGCUGUAAGUGGGGGGAAAGAUUCAGCAGCAGCAGCAGCAGCAGCCGCCGCCGGGAUGCCCCUUUAAGCAGGAGCCGGAGCUCAACCGCGGGGGACGCCGGAGGUCAGCCGGGGUGCCCGCCUCUCCCUCCAGAUGUGCAGUUGCCCUCGCAGCCCCUGAACCAGCCCGGCCUGCGCCUCCUCGCUCCCCGCGAGCCAUGCCGCUGCGUCUGCGGGCUUCGCUGCUGCUCUGCCUGGCCGUCCUGCCUGGGCUGUGCGCCGCGCUGGAGUCGGAGAUCGUCACCCCCAUCCGCCUGGACCCGGACCUGAGCGGGCGCCAGGACUUCCAGCGGGGGCCGCCGCCGCCGCCGCCGGAGCAGCGCGAGGGGGUGGUGGUCUUCCAGAUCGCCGCCUUCCACGAGGAUUUCUACCUGCACCUGCGCCCCGACGCCCAGUUCCUGGCGCCCGCCUUCGCCACCCAGUCCCUGGGGGCCGGCCGCGGCGGGGGCAAGGAGAGGGCCGGCCUGCGCCACUGCUUCUACGCCGGGGACGUCAACGGCGACCGCGACUCCUUCGCCGCCCUGAGCCUCUGCGGCGGGCUGACGGGCGCCUUCGGCUACCGGGGCGCCGAGUACCUCAUUAGCCCGCUGCGGGAGGGCAGCAGCGGCGGCAACCGGGCGCUGUGGCACAGCCGCGGGGAGCACCUGCUGCAGCGCCGCCGCGGCGCGCCCGGCCACGCCGCCGCCGCCGGGCAGGCCACCUCGCGCUGCGGCGUGGCCUCCAGCCCGAGCCCGGCCGUCCUGCACGCCCUGGAGAGGUACAAGCUCUCCCGGCAGCAGCAGCAGCAGCAGCAGGCCGCCGGCAACGAGACCAAGCCCGGCGGCCGCGCCAAGCGCUUCGUCUCGGUGCCCCGCUACGUGGAGACGCUGGUGGUGGCCGACGAGUCGAUGGCCAAGUUCCACGGCGCCGACCUGGAGCACUACCUGCUGACCCUGAUGGCCACGGCGGCCCGCCUCUACCGGCACGUCAGCAUCCAGAACCCCAUCCAGCUGGUGGUGGUCAAGGUCCUGCUCAUCGGGCAGGACGACAAGGGGCCCAAGGUCAGCGGCAACGCCGCCCUCACCCUGCGCAACUUCUGCGCCUGGCAGAAGAAGUGGAACAAGGGCAGCGACAAGCACCCCGAGUACUGGGACACCGCCAUCCUCUUCACCAAGCAGGAUUUGUGUGGCGCUACCACCUGCGACACUUUGGGAAUGGCAGACGUUGGCACGAUGUGUGACCCAAAGCGCAGCUGCUCUGUCAUCGAGGAUGAUGGCCUUCCUUCUGCUUUCACCACGGCUCACGAACUGGGACACGUGUUCAACAUGCCGCAUGAUAACGUGAAAGUCUGUGAGGAAGUCUUUGGGAAGCUGAGGACCAACCACAUGAUGUCUCCCACCCUCAUACAGAUCGACCGCACCAACCCUUGGUCAGCCUGCAGCGCAGCCAUCAUCACUGACUUCCUGGACAGUGGACAUGGCGAUUGCCUCUUGGACCAACCAACCAAGCCGAUCUCAUUGCCCGACGACCUUCCGGGGACCAACUACAACCUCAACCAGCAAUGCGAGCUGGCCUUCGGCAUUGGCUCCAAGCCCUGCCCAUACAUGCAGUACUGCACCAAGCUGUGGUGCACAGGGAAGGCACGUGGCCACAUCAUGUGUCAGACACGCCACUUUCCUUGGGCUGACGGCACCAGCUGCGGAGAAGGGAGGUUCUGCUUGAAGGGUGCCUGUGUCGAGAGGCAUAACAUCAGUAAGUACCGGGUGGAUGGCAACUGGGGGAAAUGGGCACCCUACGGACAGUGCUCUCGGACCUGUGGUGGAGGAGUCCAGCUGGCCAAGCGUGAAUGCAACAACCCGGCUCCUGCCAACGAAGGGAAGUACUGCGAAGGGGUCCGAGUGAAAUACCGUUCCUGCAGCCUGGACCCUUGCUCCGGUUCAGUCCCAGGGAAAAGCUUUCGGGAAGAACAGUGUGAAGCUUUCAAUGGCUACAACCACAGCACAAACCGGCUCACUGCCACGGUCUCCUGGGUCCCCAAAUAUUCCGGAGUGUCUCCUCGGGACAAGUGUAAGCUCAUCUGCAGGGCCAAUGGAACCGGCUACUUCUACGUCUUGGCUCCAAAGGUUGUGGAUGGCACUCCCUGCUCUCCAGACUCCACAUCACUCUGUGUCCAGGGUAAAUGUAUCAAAGCAGGCUGUGAUGGGAAACUUGGCUCCAAGAAGAAGUUCGACAAAUGUGGUGUGUGUGGAGGAGACAACAAGAGCUGCAAGAAGGUCUCUGGCUUGUUCACCAAACCCAUGCAUGGCUACAACUUUGUGGUGCUCAUCCCAGCCGGCGCGUCCAGCAUUGACAUCAGACAACGAGGCUACAAAGGUUUAAUCAGCGAUGACAACUACCUGGCUGUGAAAAACGGGCACGGCAAAUACCUCCUGAAUGGGCAUUUUAUCGUCUCGGCCGUGGAGAGGGACCUCAUGGUAAAGGGUAGCGUCUUGCGCUACAGCGGGACUGGGACAGCUGUGGAGAGCCUCCAAGCCUUUAUGCCCAUCCAGGAGCCAUUGACAGUGGAGGUGUUGUCCGUUGGGAAGAUGACUCCACCUCGGGUGCGCUAUUCUUUCUACUUGCCCAAAGAAAGCAAAGAGGACAAAUCUUUGUACCGCAAAGACGGGAAGCGCCCGCCGGUCCUCAGCAACAGUAUCCUCAGCUUCUCCAACCGCCUGGAUACGGGCAGGCCGGAUUACAAACGCCCCUCUUACAAAUGGGCCACCACCAGCUGGGAGGACUGCUCUGUCACAUGUGGCAACGGGCUGCAGAAGCGCAUGGUCCUCUGCCGUGACUCCCUCGGCCAGCUGGCCUCUGCUUGCGAUGCCACUCAGCGGCCCACUGACAUCAGGAUAUGCGGAGAUCCCUGCCCCUCCUGGGAAGCGGGCGCCUGGUCGCCCUGCUCCAAAACUUGCGGCAGAGGUUUCAAGAGGCGUAUGCUGAAAUGCAUGGGGCGGGGCGGCCUCUUGCUCCCCCGCGAGCGCUGCAACAUCAGGAAGAAGCCGCAGGAGCUGGACUUUUGCACCCUGAGGCCGUGCUGAGCGGGCUGGAUCCGCUCCUGACGAUGGCAGGGUGUCUCAUUCUGGCUCUCGGCGGUCAAGUGGCUGAAAGUUUCCAUAGCCUCCUGGGGGGAGGGAGAGGGAGUCGACUGAGUGGAGUGGGGUCUGUUACAUAGCGCAUUUCAACUGACAAAGGGAUUUUUCAUGGGCAGGAAGAGCGAGUGCUACCGCGAAGGGGCUGAGCAAUUGUUUUGUGGAUCCGCCGGUCGCUCAGUGAUGAAACAGGAGUAAACAACUACCUCGAAACUGCCAAAUAACCCAGAUGCCAUUACAGCCUAGUGGUGUAUUCGGUGGGUGUGAAGGAGAACAUCAAGAUCCAAAAUGAGAGUAAAUUGCCGUCCAAGGUGGACCAAAGACAAUGGCAGUGGUUCCAUAGAGCCAUGGCCCAAUCCUUCCCAAAAUGCAAUGGGGCCAUCUCCUGGAGUCCCCUCCCCUCCCCAGCACCCCAGUGUUCUAGAGGACCCUAAGGAAUUUCCCAUUGCACCUGCAAGAAAAUCUGAGGCUUAACACCUGUUACGAGAAGGUACCUCCGAGGCCUAAUGGCAAGUGACAUUCCAGCCCUGACACAUUGCGGGUAUCUAGACACACUUUUUUUGCUUUCAUGCUGGGCUGACAACCGGUCACUGAUUGGUAGCUUUAGUUUUUAUUAACAUUUAUGGACUGAACAGUGUAGGUUUUCUUAUGGUGCUUAACCCUAGUUUCUUUUGAGCCCUCCUUGGUUGAGGGAAACCCAUACCUGGUUGCCAAUUUCCUUGGAUUUUAUAACAAAAUGGUGCCAUAUAGUGCAAGGUAGAGAUGCAUUUUAUAUCCCCGGCCCCACCUCACAACUGCAGUGCAAAAGGGAUGCAGACAACCCAUGUGAAUCUGAACCUCUUGAGCUAUUUGAGGAUGUUUGUCAUGCCAUGUGUGUAUCCUACUGUGUGCUUGGAAACUCUUGAGGGUCAGAGUGUCAUUCUUAUAGCAAUUCUUCUAUACGACUUGAACAAUAUUUUUUAAAGGAGCAUACAGUUUGGUAGAAAAUAUAGCUGUUCCAAUAUCCGGGGCUAAAUCAGCUAUUGUGCUAAGUACAAUACAGAGUUGGACCUCCACUACAUCAAGACCUACAUGGUGGUGUCCUCAUCUCGGGCCUUAUUCAUGUCUAUAUUAGUCAAUUCCAGCAGUUUGGAAUUUCAAACAAAGGUCUUUCCCAAUUCCAUAUGAAGAUGCUAGGGACCAAUCUUGGGAUUUGGUGCAUUCAUGACGCCCCCCCCCAUCUCCUUCUAAGGCUGUGGGGAGCAGCUGUGCUUAGAGAAAAAUAUCAAAUACUUGUCGCCUAGACUUCAUGAAGACUAGCAUACAUCCCGCAUAUCAUACAAGGGUUUUGUUUAGCAUUCAUAUCCAUGAAUUGCAUUGCAAGAGUAACAGAUCACAGAGGCCUGUGAAACCUAACCCAGGCUACCCCAUGUCAGGACUGGAACCCACAGUGUGUCUUGAGCUGAUGGCCUUGGGGAUGUUGGACAGUCUUGUGUGCCACCAUGCCCAGAGGCGUUCUUACCCCCGGAACUUGGGGCCCUGGUCUGCAGCCUCCAAGGUCUGGUGGGGGAGGGCCUCCAGGGAUCCAGGGGGACCUCAGGCGACCACCCCACACUCACCCUGCCACUACACUGCCACGCUGAACCGCUAAAAUUCACCUUAAUUAUAGCUGCCAAUGUGCACAACCAGGGCAUGGGGGGUGAGUCAAGCAGGCCUCCCCUGCCCCGUGGCAGCAUCAGUGGGUGGAGCGGCUACUGGGCCUGCCAGUUUGGCCCAGUGGCUCUUGAAAAUUGCAAAGUGCUCCAGUGCACCUGAGUUCUGUGCAGGUGCACCUUGCAGUUUUCAAGGGCCGCGGUGCCAGACAGGCAGGUCCAGUGGCUGCUCCGCCCACUGCCACCACAGGGUGGGGGAAGGCCUGCUUGGCUCAUACCCCACCUUCUUGGCCACGCACAGUGGCAGCUAAAAUUAGCAAAUUAUGAUGGUUUGGCAUGGUGAGACAGCACCCUCCCACAAAUGCAGGGAGGACCUUGCAGUGGGGGGCCCCCUCAUGGCGGGGGCAGUCCAGACACCAAAUUUACCUAGGUGCACCACUGACCAUGCCAUGCUAGCCAGGAGAUAUGGGAGAUACAGGCACCCACCAGCCCUGGAUUGUGGACAGCCAGCUGCCUGAAAAGCCUGUUUUGCCAUCCAAGGCCCACGGCAAAACCAGGAGAUUUAUCUGACUUCUGGUGGCACCAUACAUGCCUGUUGGAAUGUCCUUCCCUUGGUAGGUUUCAGGUUGUGUAGGUCUGUCCUCCAGCACCCAUGCCUUUUAGUUCACCGUGGCAAAUGCAUUAUUGUGUUUCAGUAGGAAUACAGAAGAGGCACCACCAUUGCCACCAUCGCCGUCAUCCUUCUCCCCAGAAGAUUUCCAUUAUUUAUACCGGAAGAAAUGUUGUCAAAAGGGUUGGUUUGUUUUUCUGCCACAUGUAGCAAACGGGGAGUCUUGAUUUCAAAAUGGUGCUCAUUCUGCAAGUAUUCAGGGGACCUUUGUUCUUAAGGUAGUAGCAUCUCACUUGCUCCUUCAACAAUAAAGUCAUUCACACGACCACCUUGGGGUGUUUUGCGGGAGAAAAGAGCCCCUACCUGAUACUCACAGGUGAGCUUCCGUUAGGCUCUGGUCAUUCACCAUCCAAAGGAUUUCAGCAGGUUCUUUGUCCAUGAGGAGAAAAAAGGGAAUGUGCCUGAGGGUCACACGGAGCUCAAGUUUGAUCACUUCCUCCCCUUCCUCAGAAAAUGCACAUUCACUAGUGAGUUUUCAUUCUUUCUAUACUUGGUCUUAGCCCAGCAAUGGACAGAUUGGCUACCGGUUUUCUCAGAGACAUUCCUUCGGAUUUUCGGAUCAAAGGUUCCCAUAAAAUGUACAGCCUAUUGUGGUGUAUUUGGGGAGGGAAGGGCUUUAACUUUUUUUUUUUUUUGGAAAAAUAACAUUCUUUUGCAAGAUAUACAGCAAAAGGAUAGAAAUGCCUAUUGUACUGGCUCCUGUGUGUAUACCAUGUAUACUGGAUUGUGGUCCUUGCUGUUUGUGUGUUGAUAGCAAACCUGACAUUAAAUUGAUAAGUAUUUAAACA